CCAUAACCUGCUUAGGCCCAUAACAACCAUAAUGGUAAGCGGCAAAGUAGAAAAACCCUCAAAGAGGAAGAGCUCUCUGAAAAACCCUAAACCCCAUCCCAAAUUUAAGAAGAAGAAGAAGAACCAGCCGCCCAAGGCCGACAAGAAUGAGAGCAAGACAAAGAGCAGCAGUGACAUCAAUGAGGUAACACCGGCUUCUGCUUCUGCUUCUGCUUCAGAGCUGCGCAGUUUCUUUAUAAAUGAAUUUCAAUCCGCCAAUGGCCUUCAGCUCUCGUCUAUCGAGCUCGAAUCAAUUAAAGAGACCAGCUUUCUGGAGUUAUCUCAGGAACUGGGUCAAGAUGUCCAGGCCUUGGGGAAACAAAUGAAGGCGGCUUUUGGGUCCUCAUAUAAAGAAGUUCUGUGUGAAGGGCAGCUUGUGGAAGGGAAAAUCGAUCCGGGUAGUCCUGCUGUUCUUAUUGUUAGUACAUCUGCUUUGAGAGCUAUUGAACUGCUAAGAGGCGUGCGCACGUUGACUAGAGAAUGCCAUGCUGUGAAGCUAUUCUCUAAGCAUAUGAAGGUUGAGGAACAGGUGGCCUUAUUGAAGGACCGUGUAAAUCUUGCUAGUGGUACACCAAGCAGGGUGAAGAAGUUAAUUGACAUCGAGGCACUAGGGCUUUCCCGGCUAUCAGUGAUUGUUCUUGAUAUCCAUACAGAUAUGAAGGGCUAUUCAUUGUUGACACUUCCACAAGUCAGAGAUGAGUUCUGGGACUUGUAUAAGAACUACCUCCACCAACCACUCUUACGAGGUGAUCUUAGAAUCUGUCUCUUUGGUCCAUUACCAAAUGGCAAUGUGGUGAGGGGUAAAAGGAAGAAAGUUCCUGAUGAAUAGAAUUACAUAAUUUUCUUUUUAAGUUUGUAAUUUUGAGAUGUUUUAUGGAUGUAGCACCUGAUCUUUCAUAUAUUUUUUAAGAAAUCCUGAAAAACAAGUUCGGCUUGAUGCA